GAGUUGUGUCAGUUGAGGAGGCACUAUUUCACUUCAGUCAUAAAACAAAAUUCGGCAAUUUAAGACCUAUCAAUUUUAGUUUGUAAAAUAAAGUAAAAUUUUCCCUUUCGUUAUUCAAGAAUUUAAAGAUAUUCAGGUUAGUAAUACAAAACUUAACAUUAACAAUGUUUCGCAACCUGUGUAUGCUGAGGAACAAGCUGGCGCUCCAGCACCGCCUGGUGUCGCGAUUGACAUCUCGCUCGUAUGUCUCCAGGGGUCACUGGUACCGUUGCGCUACCGGCCGCUCUACGGGCGUAGACGGUGUGACCUACACUGACAUUAAUGUCAAUGAUCUAGCCGAGGGUGACAUGGAGUUUACACGUAAUUUCCUUAACGCGGUGUCAAUGGAUCGUGGCCAUUCUCAAGAAGGGGUAGAACCUGAGCCCGAGGUAAAGGAUGAAACUCCAUCGGUCUCGGAGCCAAUGUCGAUCGAUACUGAGACACCGCUUGCACCUGGUGUUCCCAGUUCCGUUUUAGGCAUAGACGGCAAUCCUAUAGUGCCGAUCGAAAUCGAUGGAUGGAAUCAAGACGACGAUGAGGAUCCGAUUGUCCAGAAGAAUAACCGCGAUAUAGACAUCGGCAACGACGAAGAGUACAAGGCCCAGCAGGCUCUGCGUGUUCCGGAGGUUCGUCAGGCCCAAACGGAGUACAAGGGCAUUAAAGUGAGGCUGCCGGAAACUGCCAACCAGGAUGUGGGCACCUAUCGCUUUCGUCGCGACCCAGAGGAUAAGAAAGUCCUGGGCGAUGACACACGUCUAGUCAAAUUCGAUAAGGAAUAGGCAGACCGGGAGAAAAGCUAGCUGAAGAAUAACCAAAUUCCGAAAAGGACCUUUCUAAGCAUCAAACCAUGAAUUUUGUUAACAAUUUUAAUGAAUACAAUUACUUUUCAAUCGUUA